AUGGGCCACAAUAUUGCCAAUCGAGUAGCUGUAGUGCUUGGCAAAGCUACCGGUGCUAAGAUUGACGAGAAGAUAAUCACUUUCCGCGAGUUCCGCGAAAAGCGAAGCGCUAUCUUCGAUGCUCUCGAAGCGGCCCUGAUUCCCGUGCAAUUGUUCAGCAACCUUGCGGCUGGGGAAGCGGCGUCGAUGGCUCUAAGCGACAAGCUGAGCGAUAUCAUCGUUACUCUGAUCGAAAAUUUUGCCUUGUCAUCCAAGACCAUUCGACGGGGCAGACUGCUUAAGUACGCCCGGAAUAUUCUAUUGGGUAACGAUGAUGCCAUUCAAGCCGCGAUGGUCAGACUUGACAAGCUCACCCAGGUCGAGGCCAAGCUAGUUGGAGCUGACACCCUGACCAAGUUGAAGAGAGCCGGCCGUGUAGUGGACGGUAUAUCUGUGACCGUCAACGCCACCAAUAUGAAUUUUCUGGAAACCGGGAAGACGGUCAACCAGAUGAGUGCACAGGUAUUGGAAGUAGAGGGGAUGGUAGAGAAGCUGAUAACCUCCUCGACUGAGGAAAGACAGGAUACCGGCGAGGAUAAAGAAGUCCUGCAAACACUCAUAAAGCACGUUCUUAGACCAUCCAAAGUUGAUCCAGCACAGGAAUGGUUCAACAAGGUCCAAAAGGCCCGUGUAUAUGGGACAGGAGACUGGGUUCACACGGAUGAUGUUUUCCAAUCCUGGAUCAAUAAGGAAACACCCGUCAUUUUCGUGUCCGGAAAUCCAGGUUUGGGCAAGUCAUUUUUGGCGGCAAACAUGGUCAAUUUCCUUCUCGAGCAGUUUCCCCCGGGCCUUCAGCGCAGCCCGCUGGUCUCCAUUGGCUACUUCUUCUUCAAAGAUGACAAACCCCAGACAAGGUCCUGUCAUCAGGCUUUACGAGAUCUAGCCUUUCAAAUAAGCAAGAAUGAACCAGGUUACCGAGAUUAUCUCCGGUCUAUCGAGGAAUAUGAGAAGAUUAGCACCCUUGAAAGUGCGUGGCGUCUCUCCUUUGAAAACUUUCUGAAGAAACCCAAUACCGAGAGUACCGUCUAUCUUCUACUAGAUGCAGUUGACGAAACUCUAGAUGAGGACCGGGGGAUCUUCAUCAAUCUUGCAAAGCAGUUGUAUGGCAACCAGUCAUGCUUGCAACUAGCCAUCGUUGACCGACCUUAUAUCAGUGAUCAAUUGCUCGAAGGCUUAGAGGCUAAGGCGCCAACCCUUCACGUCACCAAACAGAAGAACUCUGCCGAUAUUACCCAGUAUAUCCACGCUAGCAUCAGAAAGACCUUAGUCUUGCGAAGGGUCUCGACAAAGCUACGAAAGGAAAUCAUUAAUAAUCUGUCGGCUGGGGCAGAAGGCAUGUUCCUUUGGGUGAAUCCCAUGCUACAAGAGCUAACCAAGAAACGAAAUGAGAGUAGUAUGCGGAAGGCACUGGAGCAGGCUCCUCGGGGAGAGGAGCUCGAGUAUCUCAAUGAAACAUUGCUUUGGGUUACCUGCGCGGACCAACCAUGGAAACUUGCCGAUUUAGAGACGAUCCCCAGAUUGGGAUCACCCGAAGGGGAUGGCAUGAUUGACCUCGAAGGAGCCCUACGGUGCCAGUGGGAGUUAUUCUUUACCCUGCACCGAGAGGAUGGGCUUACCACCGCCGAGCUAGAUAAUGGCCCAGCACAUCUGGAUGUGUUUGGCUGGGACGAGAACCAGGAAAGGGAGGAUGAAUAUCAGAGCUCCGAGGAGGAUUAUUUCAUGGAGUUUAACUCAAAAAAACGUACAACUACCGUUACCUUCUGCCAUGCAUCCAUUGGUGACUUCUUCCGCGAUGAGUCGGAGGGCAAGGUGUCUGCUAGAGGGAACCGCUUUGGCGUCAUUGUAAACUACUACGAAGCCAAAGCUCAUAUGCUCAAGACUUACUUAAGGCUAAUCACCGAUACCGACUUUGCAAGAAAGGUCAAUGAUUCAGGGAACAUGCUCGGCCACGCUGCAUGGAAUUGGUGUAGUCUCCUGCUCACAAGUUUCUCCUCCAAAAUCUCGCCAGAGACUGUUCGGCAAUGGUGGCAAGAUCAAGACGUCCACGAGUUUAUCUCUCCAGAAGAGAAGGAAUUUAUCUCAACAACGGAGGAGAAUCCAAUGGAUUUAUUCAAACCAAUGGCAAUGUUCUGUGCCAAGGCCUGGAUGCAGGAAGACCUAGCUAGUCCUACUCGCAUGGUCUCUAUAGUCUGGCACUACCAAAUGUUGGUUAAGGGCGAGGAGGUCCAUGAUGAAUAUAGGGAUCUAACGGCGGACGAUGAGGUUGAGGGCCGCUGA